AACACUUUUUUCAGCCACAUUACUCUACUGCCUAAGCUCGAGCUGGGAUAAAAAGCUGACGUCAUGCCUUACAGAGGUAGCCGGCGUGCGAGCGUGUUGUUCUGAGGUUUGAUAGAGGCGGAUGGUGGCUUGGUGGGAUAGGACUGUUUUAAGGUGUAGAAGUAAAAUCCAUGGCUCUUUUGAAACAGAAAGCGGCAGCUCUGAAUCUUUCUGCUGAUUCUUUUAGUCCAAUGGGCAGACCGCCAGAUGCAGAUCGCAAACCCUUUAAGGCAACGUACAUUUGGACCUGCAUUAUAGAGGCACUCCAAAGCCAAGUAGAAGUGAAGCGAAGGAGACAUAAUUUAAAAUGUCAUAAUAACUGCUUUAUUGGCUCCGAUGCUGUGGAUGUACUCUUCUCUCAUCUCAUACAAAACAAGUACUUUGGGGAUACAGACAUUUCUCGUUCCAAAGUGGUGAAAGUUUGUCAGGUUCUGAUGGACUGUGGUAUUUUUGAGCCUGUUGGAACAAAACUUUUUAGCAAAGAUAAGAAAAGAACAUUUGAGGACAGCAGCUGCAGUUUGUAUAGAUUUAUAAAUUCUGGUUAUCACAGUGAAAAUGAGAACUCUAAUGAAUACUGUGAUUCUCCAUGUUAUCAAGGGACAGUUUUCCACGGCACAUGCAGAAGGCAGGAAUCGACUGUAUAUCCUGGUUCUGCUCCCAUGAAGUCUGAAAAAUCUUUAGAAGACCUCUUGGAUAACUUGAGUCUGAAGCCGGCUAAUUCUGUACAGUUAAAGGUCAACCAGAAUUUGCCUGAUGAAGUUGUCAACAGGGUGUGGCAAGAGCAAACAAUCAGACGUCUUCUAGAACUUGUGGAACUUCCCAUCUUAGACUCUCUGCUAGACAUAGAUGACUACUCUAAAAGGACAAGAUCUGAUAAAGAAUCAGAUUUGAUGACCACCAACUAUUUGGACAGAGAAAUUCUGAAGGCUUUCGGGGACUCUCAAGCAGAUGAUUGGAUUUCUGCUGCUGUAGAUUGUUUAGAGUUCCUUCCAGACCAGAUGGUGGUAGAGGUUGCCAGAAGCUUUCCAAGCCAGGCAGAUGAAAUGGACAAAUGUAAGAGACUGCUGUUUGAUGUUAUUGUAAAGUACUACAAACAAAGAAGAGAGACCCUUUUAACCAACCAGUACUUUGAUGUCCACACAGGAAUUGCAGAACUACUUGUAAAUGGGAAGGAACAACGUGCAUUGGAAGCUACUCAACUGUGCCUAAAAUUGCUGGAUUCUAAAAACAGAGAAGAGUUCAGAAGGUUGCUAUAUUUUAUGGCAAUUGCAGGAAAUCCAUCUGAAAUGAAACUUCAGAGCGAGAGUGAAAACAGAAUGACUGUCAAAAGAGCUUUCAGUAAAGCUAUUGUCGACCACAAAAGCCUAUCAAAAGGCAAAGCAGACUUGCUGGUAUUGUUUCUUAUGGACAACCACAAAGAUGUGUUCAAGAUUCCUGGAUCCUUGCACAAACUUGUGAGUGACAAAUUGGUAUCGAUACAGUUAGGAAGAGAUCCUGACCAAGAUUAUGGGUAUACGUUUUGUCAUCGACUUGAUCACAGUGAAUAUAAACAAAAUGCAAAGAAGACUACAAAUGAUGAACUGUUGUCUUUGCUGAAGACCAUACAUCUGAACAUGCAGAUUUCACCAAAGGAAAAGAAAAGGCUACUUGGUCAGUUUUAUAAGGGGCAUCCUGAAAUCUUUAUUCAAUAUUUUGAUGCAAUAGCAAUUCACAUUGAUUCCUAAAUUAUGGCUGUAGAAGUAGCCUUAUUGAAUAAAAGUUAUGAAAAUGUUAAGUUAAAAAUGUGAAAUAUUGUAUUAUAUUUAUAUUUUCUUAAUGUGUAUUAAAGAUUUGUUAAUGUAAUAUAUUGACAUAAUAAAGACUACUUUGUUCCAUGG